GAAAGAGGCGGGGCUUCCUGUUUCUGUGUGUACUGUUGACUGAGAUCCAAGGGCGCCGCUAAGCAUUGUGGGAGGCGAAAAGUGUCAUGGCAGCUCUUUGCCGGCGCUUUGCCUUGAGUUUGGCGGGAGCGGCUUGCAAGGCCUCGUCUUCUUCCCGAAUAAUCCUUGAUUUGCAUAGCGAGGUUUCCAAAACAAAAGUGCUCCUUCCUAGUACCUCCCUUCAUACCUCUUUGGCACGAAAUGGGCUGGAAGAAUUUUUUGAUGAUCCUAAAAACUGGGGAAAGACAGAAGUCAAAUCUGGAGAUUCCUGGACAGUGGAACAGCUCCGAGGAAAGAGUAGUGAAGAUUUGCACAAACUUUGGUAUGUCCUUCUAAAAGAGCGAAACAUGCUUUUAACAUUGGAACAAGAAGCAAAGCGACAGAGGCUGCCAAUGCCAAGCCCAGAGCGAUUAGAUAAGGUAAAGGAUUCCAUGGACAGAAUAGAUCGUGUUGUUCAGGAAAGAGAAGAUGCUUUGCGUCUCCUACAGACGGGCCAGGAGAAUGAGAGACCAGGCGAAUGGAGACAUGACUUUUUAGGCCGCCUUAUUUGGUACACUUUCAGGGAAUGGCCUGUCCCCUGGUACCUGAAUUCUAAGCACAAGAGGAAACGAUUCUUCUAUUUGCCAAACGUGAAACCUUUUAUCAGGCUCAGAUUGGAAAAAUAUCUGCGCAGAAAAGUCCAAAAGGAAAAUUUGCAGAAACAGAAAGAGAAGCUCUUACUUGAAAAAUUCCCUCCUCAUGAGACACAGUCUCAGAGUUAACAUGAAGUUGGAGGAGUUCAGCAUUUGAAAAAACUGACAGGAAUAAUACUGUUGUACCGUCUGGGAAUGCAAUACAAGUUAUCUGGUAAUCAGUUGUAAAUAAUCACAGGUGAUUACAAAUAAUUUUAAUGGAAAUAAAGUUAUUUGGUCAUCUUGCUGAA